AUGUCUCAGCUUUUAGUUCGAAUGGCUAAGCUCUCAUCAUCAUCAUCAUCACAGAGGCUCUGUUCCAGAGAAUUGCGGCGGUUUUCCACGACCGCAACAACAACGCCGUAUCUGCUUUUCAAGCAGAACAACUACAGGAGGGUGGGGAGUGAAACUGUAGUCGACUUGAACUUGUACGAUCCGAGUAAAGACGAACGAGUGAAGAUCCACGACUUGACUUUUCUGGAGGAGCUCACAGCUUCAUCAAUGAGGAUAGGAUCUUCGAGGGGAUGGGUGUGUGUGAAGAACAGCGACGACUCCACAGUGCGUAUCACCAAUAUCUUCAACCCUUGUGCACCAUUUUCUUCACACAAUGUUAUCUCACUGCCUCCACUCGAUGACACUAGAGUUCGAGUUGUUUCAAGUAUGGCUCUCUCAGCCUCCCCAGAGCAGCAAGACUGUGUAGUGGCCUUCAAGUCUCGCAAACUUGUCAGUUUGUGUCGGCCAGGUGACUCUGUUUGGACACAUAUCGAGGUCCCUUUCGUGGCCUCAUCAGAGAUUAUGUAUUCCACCAAGGAUUGUAAGUUCUAUCUCAACAGAAGGGAGAGUGAUGAGGAGGGUCCGAUCGAUCUCAUCAACAAUUCUUCUUCUAGCUUAGAUAAGUUUCCUCAGGUGAGUCUGUACCAAAGAUUCCCCAACUCUGACAUACCCAAGAGUAUAAAGGAUCAGGUUACCUCUACUAUCAUGUCUCAGUAUGUGGUCGAGUCACCUUCUUGCGACUCCUCCUUCAUUGUUUAUUGGUGUAACGAGUACUUGAACCAGAAGGAAAAAUGGGAGUCUACACGCCAAAAGGGACCUCCUUAUAAACCUUCCCACUUCAGGACAAACCCAAAGGGGUUUGUGGUGUUUAGGCAAGACGCUGAGCAGAGGAUGGGUUCUUACACUGAAGACAUUGGUGAUCUCUGCAUCUUCUUAAGCAGGGGUGUGGCGUUUUGUGUCUCUGCAACACAGUAUCCAGGACUAAAACCUAAUUCCAUCUACUAUGCAAGCUUUCAGACGGGGUUUGGUUUCUACGACCUCUCCUCCAACACUCUCCACGAGGUCAUCGAUGAGGACCCUUUGUCCAGCUUCUACCAGUGGCUUGCCCCCCUCUCCAAUGAAUGAAUAAUCAGCAGCUUUUAUUAUAUUCUUU